AUGUCGGGCGAGCACGCGGACGACACGAGCCGAGGCACAGUCUCGAAAUGGCAAGCCAAAGCAUUGGCCAUCUCCACGUGUAUCUCCAUCUCCCUCAAUGCCAUCACCGCCGGUUCCAUCUUCACCAUCCCACUCUGGGGACCCCCGCUCGCAAAGACGAUCGGAUUGAGCAUGUCCCAGAGCAAUAAUGUAGCCAUUGGCGCCAUUCUCGGCGAGUACAUCUCGGCCGUCGGCUGGGGAUUGCUCGUUGAUCAACGAGGACCAAGAACGGUGUCACUCUGCGCUGCCGUCCUCUUCGCAGUCGGCUACGGCAUGAUGGCGCGCUCGAUCAAGAUGUCACCGCCCGAUGAUCCCAGCCUGCUCGCAAGCAAAGAUGACCCGAUCGACAUCAUCGCGCCAUCGGCCACGUGGAUCUUCCUGGCAUGCUACUACGUCCUCAGUGGUUCGGCGACUGCUGCAAGCUAUUUUGCAGCCGUCACGACGGCCACGCGCUCAUUUCCCGAUCACCCUGGCUUGGCCAUCGCGAUUCCCUGUGCUCUCUUUGGCCUGUCGCCCCUGCUCAUCUCACAACUCGCUUCGGCGCUCUUCGUGGACCGAUCACAGAUCACCUCGCCCGAUGAGUUGGAUGUCUACCGGUUCUUUGUCUUUCUCGCCAUCACCCUGUUCGUGGUCAAUAUGCUCGGGGCCUACGGACUGCGCAUCAUACCUCGCUCGCCUGCCGUUUUGCUCAAGGAAGACGUAGACGAGCAACAGGAUCGCGAAGGGGAUGCACUCUCUUCGCCCACCGAAUCGAGUCUCCUUCUGCCCGCCACAGACCUUACUUCUGCGCCCAAGCCGAUCACACUCAGAUCUUGCAUGGGCAAUCGUCAGUUCUGGCUUCUCUCGCUCAUCGCAGCGCUGGUCAGUGGACCGGCAGAAGCCACCAUCGCCACGCUAGGCAAUGUAAUCGAGAGCGUGCUCGCUCAACCACAACUCUGGCUCGAGCCGGCUUGGCCAGGCACAGAUGCGCUCAAUAUACGCAAAACGCACGUCAUCGUUAUUGCCGUCUGCAAUACCGCCAUUCGGCUCCUUGCGGGUCCUUUGAGCGACUGGCUCUCGCCAAAGCGUGCAGGACUGGCCACAACGCGGACGUGGACAAUCUCGCGUCUCUAUUUUCUCGUGUUUGCUUGUCUGCUCUUCGUCAUCGCUUUCCUCUGGGCAGCCUUUGUCAUGCAGACGCCGGCUGGCUUAUGGUUGCUCAGUGUCGGUGUCGGACUCGGCUAUGGACUCACUUUCACGCUCAUACCCGCCAUUGUCUCCACGGCGUUCCCCUUGGAGCAUUUCGGCUUCAAUUGGGGCCUCAUCAGUCUCGCAUCUGCAGCAGGCUCAUUUGUUUUCACCGCCUUGGCAGGCGCAGUCUCAGAUAGCGCCACAGAGGGCCGACAUGCUCGGGAUAAUGUCUGCGCAGGCAGACGAUGCUUCGCUGCCACUUUUGCAAUCUAUACUGCGAGCUGCAUCCUCGCUGCUCUCAUGACUGUCUGGUUACAGAGACAACGACACUGGAGAGGCAAAGUCUAG